GGAGGGGAGAGGGGAGAGUGGAGAGGUGAGGGACGGAGUGCGAUCGCUCGACAUCGGGAAGCCAUGUUCCGUCGCCUCCUCUCGCCGAACCCCCGCCGCAGUGCGGCCACCGGCCUCCUCGCCAUCGCCGCCUUUUACGGCGGCUCUUCGGACGGCCCCUCCCAUCGCACGAAUGUAGGCGUUUCGAUCUCUGUUCCUCUGCGGCAGCUUCUGUCGUCGACAUCGGAGAUCUUCUUGCGAGACUUCGCUCGUCCAUCUCUGUUCUCGAUCGGAGGGCGAUCUCCCGCCGCGAGCCCCUUCCCUGAUUCGGAUUCAAAUGAGGAAGCUUUGGGGAAGAAUCACGCUGAUGCGCCAUGCUCCGCUACAUCCACGGAAACGAACUUCAUUGCUAAAGCGGCUGCAUUAGCUAGCCCUGCCGUGGUGAACAUAUCCGUCCGUAAAGGUGGUCUGAUGUCUUCAAAGAGUAUUGGGUCUGGUACUAUAAUUGAUCCUGAUGGGACGAUCUUGACGUGUGCACAUUGUGUGGAGGACCUUGAUCGCAAGAAAAGGGUCUGCAAUGGCAAAGUUGGUGUUACUUUACAAGAUGGUCGUGAAUUUGAGGGCACUGUCGUGAAUGCUGAUUUUGUUUCAGACAUUGCUGUUGUGAAGAUACAAUCAAAAAUUCCACUACCAGCAGCAAAACUUGGAAUGUCAUCAAAGCUUCAUCCAGGCGACUUUGUUAUUGCUUUAGGUUGCCCACAUGCUCUGAAAAAUACCAUUACAUCUGGCAUUAUAAGCUGUGUUGAUCGUAAAAGCAGUGAUUUGGGUCUUAAAGGAGUUCAAAGGGAAUAUUUGCAAACAGAUUGUGCAAUUAAUAAGGGAAAUUCUGGAGGACCCCUUGUGAAUCUUGAUGGAGAGGUUGUGGGUGUUAAUGUCAUGAAAUUUGUUGCAGCUGAUGGAUUGGGUUUUGCAGUGCCAGUUGACUCAGUCGUCAAAAUAGUGGAGCAAUUCAUGAAGAAUGGAAAAGUAGCUCAACCAUGGAUUGGACUGAAGAUGCUCGAUCUUAAUGAAUUGAAAAUUGCACAGUGUAAGGACAAAGAUGCUUCGUGUCCCGAUGUAAGGACAGAUAUUGUGCCAGUGGUUUUCAAGGUAACUCCCGCAUCCCCUGCUGACCGUGCAGGAUUUCGACCAGGUGAUACAGUCAUCCAAUUUGAUGGCAAACCAGUUCGAGAAAUUAAAGAGAUUGUAGAUUCGAUGAGGGAUCAAGUUGGGAAGCCCUUGAAAGUGCUUGUAAAGAGAGCAAACAACAAAUUAGUCACAUUGACCGUAGUGCCAGAGAUGGCAGACAUGGAUAGGUGCAAUGCUGCAUGAAAGCUGCAGGAUUUCUCCAAUAAAACAAGUAAAAGUACGUAUAUAUCACAUGUGACACAGCAUAGGUAGAAUGGUGCGGGAAUUGAAUAAAAGAUUUAGUGUUAGAAUCAAUGUGUGUAAUUGGUUUAGUCACAUCUGUUAGGUGAUUUGUUAUGAAAUAGAAUUAAUAGUGGUUUGUGAAGUUUCCUGGUUAUUUAUAAGAUGAAAUAAGAUGCUUUCAAAUUGGA